AUGAACGCUCAAACACCCACCCAAUACGCGCCGUCGACGCCGCACGCGAUCCGGGCCCUGCAGCAGCGCAGCGGUGCCAACAAGACCCGCUCGGCGCGCAGACCCAGGGCUCUCAGCGACACGGUACGACCGGACUCGGCGAGGGGGAUUCUACGACAACUUGCGAAAAUCACCGCGCCGUUGACCAGGAGGACCAUCACUACCCCAGCGAACGGACGUGGGAAGGAGAAUGAGAUACCGCAGAAUGCAAUCUUGGAAGAGAAGGACAAUGACCAUGUCAAAAGACCACGGUUGACUUUGAACAUAGACGACGACAGCAGCAUCGAUGACGUGGAGCCACCUGUGCUCAACGAGCAAGAGGAGGAGGAUGAUAGUGAAUUGCCAGUGGCCCCGACACCGUCUAUAUUGCCGGACGGAGACGAUGGUGGGCCGCCAAUACGAGGAAAAGAUAGGGAUGCGACUAUCACGUUCGACUCUAUUGAUUUCACGAGAGAAGCAAGAGAGGGGGCGAGCUUCAUUCGUGAUGGCCGUUUAUCUAGGGUUUCUGGUGUGACUGGAGACAACGAGGAACCAACCAUACUGGUAGAGAUGGGACGAAGAGCCAUCAGCGAGGAACCGACGGGACGGCUGUCACGCUACAGUUUUGGAAGUAUCAGGAUGAGUGAUUUCGGGUCCGAACUCGAGAUUAGAAGAGAGUCUGAGGUCAAGACUUCUAGAUCGCAGCAUGAUCAGAGUGGAUAUGGGCUUGAUUAUGACGACCACGACCCUCUUGAUGUCGGUGGAGAGACGGAGCAUUUGGGAAACCUUGGACAGCCGUCACCACCAUUGCCUCCGCCUGACGAGAGUACUAUGAACAUAGCACCACUUGAGGAGAGCUUUCAAUUAGAUGUCUCGGGGGAAGAAGCAGUGUCCAGCAAUGCGCGAGUCGCCUCUGCAGGGACUCUCCUUGAGGGCGUAUCAGAACUGAAAGAUCCUCAGCAUGUCUUGCAAGAAUCCCCCUCAGCCGCAUCUCCUGGCUCGGAAGAGCCAACUGGUCAGGACUCGAUGGUCGAUAUGGACGGCGCCACGGACGAAGCUGUGCCUCCGACUCUGUCUCGUCCGCGCCGGAAGAAGCUGAAAAUGACCCGCCACGGUGAAAUGGUGCCCUCUUUACCCACUAGCCUAAUCAAGCGGGUCGCCAUUGACGCCAGUUCCAGACUCGGCAUUCGUAAACCCAGACUUGGACGAGAACAUAUGCAAGCCCUGGAACAAGCCACAGAGUGGUUCUUCGAGCAAGUUGGGGAUGAUCUCGCCGCAUAUUCCGACCACGCUCGAAGAAGGAAGCGGGUCGAUCGAAGCGACGCCCUGAUGCUUAUGCGUCGACAGCGGGUACUACAAGGGGAUGGAGAGCUGCGGAAAGCUGUCCGAGAACUGCUGCCUAAGGAAGCUGCGGCUGAGCUCGAGGAGAUGAUGAGAGGAGAUGAUGAGUGA